AUGCCCACGACUUCCGCGCCAUCAUCACCUACAAUUGCCAAAGCAGCCGCGUUCAGCUCUGCUUCCCCAGCCACAACAGCAGCACCUGGCUCCCCGUGUGAUAUCGCCUACUCCACCCGCCAGAAACGCCUCUUCUGCUUAACGCAUACCUCGGUCGAGUGCUGGGACCUCGAAUCUCCCUCCUUUCUGUGGGAGCAUCCCUUGUAUUCCGAGGGUGACGACACCUUCUUCGGAAGAUUAUCUGAUCACCACGGCUAUCUGGUGAUGGACGAGCAUUCCGACCGCCUAUUUCUAGUGGAGCGUGGUAUCCACAGGCGUGUCGGGCCCGACGGAUCCCACAUGAAAUACGCCUUAACUGUUCGUAUGGACUACCCACGCAAAACCUUUAAUUUCAAAGUCUAUGAAAUCGAUGCCAACAAAGGGACACUCACCAAAAUGGAGGCUUCAUUGGAUGGUUUGGCAAUGUUUGUCAGAUACAACAACUCAUUCGCGCUUCCGGCGGCUGACUUCAACUUGACACCCGACUCCAUAUAUUUCGGUGAUCGUUUGACACUAACAGGCGGCCAAGAUAUUGGCAUCUUUAAUUAUGUGGAUACAAAGAUAUCUUCCAUCUAUUAUCCCUCUCAUCCCUCUCAUAUAUGCAGGAGGCUUGCACAAACCUUUUGGUUCACUCCAAAUCCUCAUUAA